UAUUGCAUUUGUAAUAUCUCCAAGAAUUACGUUUGAAGUUAGUGUGCGCCUCUUUGGUGGGCUAAUAUCCUUGGGUUAUACAAUAGCCCGAAGAAGCGGUCAUGCGAGCCUCGGCAGAUAGGGUUGCCUUGAGAAAUAGGCAUCUCAAAAGAAACAGUGGCAUGUCACGUUCGUAUUCAACUCAAAGAGAGAAGAAUAUGUCGAACUUUGCUGGAUAUGAUGUGAACAGCAGGAGGUUUGGUGAGCGGAAUCCAGAGUCAGCUCUAGCGAAUGAGGGAGUCAUCGCUCAGCUUUCGGAACAGAUAUCCUCUCUGAAUGAUAGAAUGGACGAGUUUACAACGCGUAACGAAGAGUUGAAUUCCAAGUUAGCCGUCAAGAAUCCUACGUCCAGCCAACAAAACUUGGCUUUCCAGGCUGAAUCCUGCAAUGUCUCUGCUCCAACCUCUCACUUCAUUAAUGGUUUAGGAAAUGGUUCCAUUAUGCUCAAUUCCUUAUCAUCCUCCCAGCUGGCUAAGGAUUCACCUAUUAUGGAAGAGAUAUCGAGCGUUGCACGAGGACAACGACAGAUCAUGCAUCAGUUAGACAACCUUAGUAAUUUCCUUCAUGAGAGAACCGGAGAGAAAUCACAGCUCGAUCAAGAUCCUAUUGAAGUCAAUAUACCCUACAAAGAAUUGAUUUUGAAUUAA